AUGUCUGGUUACAUUGAGCUCCAAAGGUCACUUUUGGAAGAGUCCGACAUCAUCGAGGAUGCUAUAGCACAGCGUGCGCGUCGAAACGUAGACGUGGUGCCCGCCGAGGUCCGUCCAGAAGAAGUUAAAGACCUUUUUUCAACGCGAAAACGGCCGUUGAAGGAACUAGUUCAGCAACAGCAUGAGGUUAGUUACUUUCUCGACAAGUGCAAAAAGCAGAAAAAGGCGUUUAUAGAUGCCAGGACCGACCCUGCUGUGGACGAAGAGCUAAAAAGAAUCGAAGAUACUUCCACUGACUUUGUGGAGUUCGAUAAGAUGCUUGAAAAGAUCGUUAAACACUAUAAAAUUCAACAAAAAGAACCAUCAGCACCGCAAGACAUAGCUGAGCUAUACAAGAUGUACUCGAGUGCUCCCCCAACCAGCAUUACAACCACAAAAAAGAAUAGAAUAAAGACAAAACGAAAGUAUAUACUCAGUGCGGUUGCAGCCCAUUUAACAGCAGACUCAUUAUUUUCCCCAGAAGAGUGUUAUGGAAAGUACUUGGACUUGAGAGAUUUGCAUGCCGAGUACCAGCAUUUCACAGAGAUUUCGUACCGAGAUUUUUUGGUUGCACUAAAAGAACUCAAAGCACCAGCAAACGCAGACCCCAAAGCGUAUAUUGUGUUUGUCCAAAAUCUUUCAAAAUACUUGCAGAGCUUCUACAGCCGCAAGUAUCCAUUCAGAGACGUUGACACUUUGUUGUCUGAGAUAAAAACUCAAUUUUCGUCGGAAACACCACCAAAUAAUGACCCUUUGUAUUGCAAACUGUGUGAUAAGCACUUUACCAAAGAACUGGUUUUCACUGCCCAUUUAACAGGAAAGAAACACAAGAAGAAUACCCAGCGUUGCAGCGAGAAUGGUCAGGUUUCGUCAUCGUUGUUCGAAGAGUUCAAGGCUCGUAAGCUUUGCGAAGCAUUGGCAGAAACAUUGACCAACACCAUUACCAAUGUCGAUCGGCAGACUGCGCUUACUGAGCGAGAAAAACAGAUCGAAGGGAUAGGACUAGCCGACGAUGACUCGGAAGAUACUGUUGUUCAAUCCUCCAGUGGUUCAGAUGAUAAUUCCGAUAGUGACCGAGAAGAGUCUGCUUUUGCCAAUAUGCCACUAGGAGCAGAUGGCACCCCGAUUCCACCUUGGCUAUACAAGUUGCAAGGGCUUCACCGGAGCUAUGACUGUGAGGUGUGUGGUAACAUUUCGUACAAGGGCCGUGUUGCCUACAACAAGCACUUUGGUGGUGCGAAGCACGUACAAGGACUAAAACUUCUUGGGGUCGAUGAUGACUCAAUUCCACUUUUCAAGAGCAUCAGUACUAUAGACGAAGCGGUAUCUUUGUGGAGGAAGAUCAAGCGAGCAAAUAGAAUAGAGGAAGGUGAGCGAGAGAAUGCCGUUGAGGUCGAAGAUGAGGCAGGUAAUGUGAUGUCGAAAAAAGACUAUUUGGACUUGAAAAAGCAGGGGUUGCUCUAA